CCCGAGCGUGGGGCUGGGCCGGAGUGAAGGUGGCUCCGAGGUAGUUUCUCUUUCCGCCGUACCUUGGUUGUCGUUGUGUUGGGAGGCGCCCGUGCGAGCCCUCCUGCUGGGAUGGCAGAAGAUGAGCCUGAUACCAAGAGCCCCAAGUCUGGGGGAAGGGCCCCCCCAAGUAAUACUGAAGCUGGUGAACCCACCUCCCUUCUUCAGAAGCUCCGGGGUACCAUUUCCAAGGCUGUGCAGAACAAAGUGGAGGGGAUCCUGCAAGAUGUCCAGAAAUUCUCUGACAAUGACAAGUUGUAUCUCUACCUUCAACUUCCCGCUGGGCCCAGUGCUGGAGACAAAAGCUCUGAACCCAGCACCCUCAGCAACGAGGAAUACAUGUAUGCCUACAAGUGGAUCCGCAACCACCUGGAGGAGCACACUGAUACCUGUCUGCCAAAGCAGAGCGUUUACGACGCCUACCGAAAGUACUGUGAGAGUCUUGCCUGUUGCCGCCCCCUCAGCACAGCCAACUUUGGCAAAAUCAUCAGAGAGAUCUUCCCCGAUAUCAAGGCCCGGAGGCUCGGUGGCCGUGGCCAGUCCAAAUAUUGCUACAGUGGCAUCCGGAGAAAAACCUUGGUGUCAAUGCCACCCUUGCCUGGACUUGACCUCAAGGGCUCAGAGAGUCCGGAGGUGGGCCCCGAGGUGACGCCAGCGCCUCGGGACGAGCUGGUGGAGGCUGCCUGUGCCCUGACCUGCGACUGGGCGGAGCGGAUCCUCAAAAGAUCCUUCAGCUCCAUUGUGGAGGUCGCCCGCUUCCUGCUGCAGCAGCACCUCAUCUCUGCCCGCUCCGCACAUGCGCAUGUGCUCAAGGCCAUGGGGAUUCCUGAAGAUGAUGAUCAUACCCCGCGUGAACGGUCGUCUAAAUCUAAGAACGGUGUGGAGAGCCUGGGGGGUGGUGCCCAGAAGAGAACUGAGAGAACAGCCCCACCUCCUAAAGAGCUGGAGUCCCGAGCUGGGACCACUGUCCCAGCACGCGGAGAGCGGAAGAAGAAUGUAGUGGAGAGCCCAGCGCCAACAGCCAGUAACCCACAGGUUAACGCCCUGGUGGCCCGGCUGCCCCUGCUGCUCCCCAGGGCCCCGCGCUCACUCAUCCCACCCAUCAGAGUCUCCUCGCCCAUCCUGGCCCCCAAGCUGCCAUCAGGGACUCUGAAAGUGGCCACGCUGCCUCUGCCCAGUAGGGCAGGGGGCCCCCAGGCACCCGUGCCCAUCAUUAACAUGAUCUUGCCAACUGUUCCUGCUUUGCCUGGGCCAGGGCACAUUCCAGCUGGGGUCCUCACUCAGCCCCGGGGCACAGAGCAAAGGGAGGUAAGCACAAGUGGUGACCCAGAAGCCCAUGACAAAGGUGUCAAGAGAACAGCCGAAGUACUUGUGGGUGAGACCAGUGGGCAGGACCCAGCAGCAAAAGCAGCAAAGCAGGAAACAGAGGAAGUAGGAGGCGAUGCCAAAAGAAAACGGGGUCGUCCUCGGAAAUCAGGUGGAAGCAGAGAAAGGAAUUCCACCCCAGACAAGUUAGCAGCUAGCGUGGACUCCACCCGGUCCUCAAGCAUACCACAUGCACCGAGUGCCACUUCCUGGGAAAGCGGCUCAGCUGCAGGCACAGAGAGAUCAGGAGCUCCAGGGGCAGCUAGGAAGGGGACGCUGCCGAGACCGGGCCAGGGUCACGGCGCUGCCUCUGGAGGAGAAAAGGGCCCCAUCUCCCGCCACGCCAAAGAUGCAGAAGAGGAAAUGCCUCUUGUUGCCUCCAAAGUGAGUGUCAUCAAGGGCAGUAGAAGUCAAAAGGAGGCUCUCCAUGUGGUGAAGGGAGAAGCAGACAGGUCAGCACAGGGUAAUAAAGACUUGAAGGCACAUGUGCUUCAUACUUCCUUGUCCCAAGAGCGGAAAGACCCCAAAGCAAUACCCCCAUGAUGAGUUCACGGGGACAUUUCUGUCUGUGUUUUAAUUUGACCUGUCAGCCUCCCCGAGGCCCCUCUCUGUCCUGCAUCUCAUUUGACUCUGUUCUGGCCAAAGGAACCCAUUCCCUUCUGUAUAGAUCGCCACUGCAUCCUGGCUGGGUUAUACGGCGCCUGCUUCCUGCUUCUGACCUUUGCAGCUCAGCCUGCCCUUUGCUUUUGAGUAACUAAGAAAUCAGUCAUGGCCUUUCUUGCCCAGUCCCUAUUCUUUCCCAUGGAAGGAUGGGGGUGGCAUAUGAUGAAUGUAUAGAUUAGACAUAUUUUGAUUCUAAAUCAUAGUAAAUCUGAGACUGACUUAAAAAUAAAGAUUCAUUGGCCCACGUGACUGAAAAAUCAAGAGCUAGUGCUGGCUCCAGGUAAAGUGGAUCCAUUGAUUCCGCAUGGCUUGGCCUGACUCAGUGUUCUGCCUUUGUGGGUCUUCUUAAGCCUGGGCCACCUUGUGGCUGCAGGGAACCCUAGAACCACAAAUCCCCCCAUCUAUCUCCAACCAGGAGGAAACACCCCAAGAUGGUACCAGGAAUGCUUGCCUGUGAGGCACUUCUGAUUGAGGCCCAGGCCCAUUCCAAUCCAGUCACAGGCCAGGAGGUGACCGAUAAUGGCUGCUCCUUGGGAUAGAGGGCUUGGCUCAGCCUCCUCAGAAUCAGGUGUCCGGGUGGGAGGAGUUGUUUGGGAGCCAGUGACAGCCAUGACAUACACUUAGGUUUAGGCUAGGCAGAGGACAGCUCCACCUGCUCUUUAGAUUGCAACUGUAACCUCUUUCCAGUUUGCUGGCAGUCUGAGGAAUGAGAGGAACUUACUUCUCUCAACUUCUCUUCAGUUUCUUCACACCACAGCUCAGAGCUGGAGCUCCUUCCUUUCCCUUCCAGAGUUUUAGUUUCCUCCUGCCUCAUAUCCCCUCCAGACCUGUCCCUGACAGUGGCAGGCAAUAGAUUUAUUUCCCAGUCAUCUUAUUAAAUGCAUUCUGUAUCCACCAGGUGUCAGUGUUUUGUCAUACAUGUAUCAAGAUUUAGCCAGGAUUGUGGGGUUCAGGUGGGGUGGAAGGAAGGAAGACAGAGCACCAACAGGAAGGCAGUGCAGACUUCCAGGCACUUCCCAGAAAGGAGAGGAAGCUGCAAAGCGGUCAGUACUCAUGGAGGACUUCCUCUGUAGCAGAGGGCAGCCAGUAGGGCAUCUUGGUUCUCAAAAAAAAAAACAAAAAAAACGAAGACUUGUCUUUCAAGGAGACUUCAUCUGUUCACUUAUUUCCAGCACAACAGAUCUUUACAAGAUUAUCAUAUGUAAUACUUGGUAUAUAUAAAGAAUAUAUUUAACAGGAAUAAAUUAUGAGGUGUAAUAAACAAGUACUUAUGACCCACCACCCAACAUUAAAAUAUUAGAAACACUCUA